AUGACUUCAGAAGGUGCUGCUCCUUCUCAUGAUCAAGAUGAUCCUUCAACUUCAAGUCUAGAGCUGAGUACAGAAAAGUUUCAGAGUCUCCUUGCAUUGCUUCCUGCAUCGAAGCCUACUGCAGUAUCUCAUUCUACUUCUAAGCCAGUGGUUCUUAUUGCUGCUAUACUGAAUUGCUACUGCACCAAUAAAAACUCUAGCAAUGCUGUUGUGAAUAUGGUGUCAAGCCCUUUUGGUCCACACUCAGGUAGAAAAGAAUCAGUGGAAGAAACUAACAAAGCAAGCACAUCAGCUGAAACCCCAUCAGAGUCCCUCAGUUUUCUUAAUGGAGCAGCUGUAAACAAGCCUGUAUUUUCAUCACUAGAAUGUACUGUACAGCAAGUAGAAGAUGUCAAGAUAGUAUUGAAGGUACUGCCUGUAUUUGGCUGCACCAUUAUGCUUAACUGUUGCCUGGCUCAGCUGUCCACAUUCUCUGUUGAACAAGCUGCUACAAUGAACACCAAGCUAGGUUCCCUCAAGGUGCCACCGGCUUCUUUACCAGUUUUUCCAGUGCUCUUUAUCAUGACACUAGCAAUUCUCAGACCAAAUAUAUGCUUAACUUAA